AAGUUCAUCAAAGAUGUUAUUAACUAUGAUGAGGCAUCAUUUGUAUCUAUUUUAGAUAUUAAGACCUGCUGUGGGAGUCAGUGUUCUGGUAAUCAUGUUAUAAAACAAGAAGAUUACUUUAUAGAAGUUAGAAAUUCCCCAAAACUAAACAGUGGUAUAUAUGGAGAAUCAACUUUAAAUGGAAAUAACCUAAACAAAUUUAAUAUACCUCAGUGUAAUGGUAAAACAUAUAGUUGUGUAAUCAGUGGAAAAGAAUUUGGAACAGUGGAUAACCUAACACAAGAACAGAGGAUACAAUCUGGAGAGAAACCGUAUCAUUUUACAGUUUAUUUAAAACACUUUGGUUCAAAGAGUAACUUCAAAUCACACCAAGGAAUACACACGAGUGAAAAACCUUACAGUUGUACAGUUUGUGGAAAACAAUUUAGAAGAAACGGUGAUUUAAAAGAACAUCAAAGAAUACACACUGGGGAGAAACCUUACAGUUGUUCAGUGUGUGGAAAACACUUUGGUACAAAGGGUACCUUAAAAUCACAUCAAGGAAUCCACACCGGUGAAAAACCUUACAGUUGUACAGUUUGUGGAAAACAAUUUAGAAGAAACAGUGAUGUAAAAGAACAUCAAAGAAUACACAGUGGGGAGAAACCUUACAGUUGUUCAGUAUGUGAAAAACAAUUUAGAACAAAUAGUGAAUUAAGAGGGCAUGAAAGAAGACAUAUUAUGGAAAAGCCUUACAGUUGUUCAGUAUGUGAAAAACAAUUUGAAACAAUGAGUAUUUUCAAAAUACAUCUAAGAAUGCACACAGGGGAGAAACCAUACAGUUGUUUAGUGUGUGGAAAAUACUUUGGUACAAAGAGUACCUUAAAAUCACAUCAAGGAAUUCACACGGGUGAAAAACCUUACAGUUGUACAAUUUGUGGAAAACAAUUUAGAAGAAACGGUGAUUUAAAAGAACAUCAAAGAAUACACACUGGUGAGAAACCCUACAGUUGUUUAGUGUGUGGCAAACACUUUGGUGCAAAGAGUACCUUAAAAUACAUCAAGGAAUACACACGGGUGAAAAACCUUACAGUUGUACAGUUUGUGGAAAACAAUUUAGAAGAAACAGUGUUUUAAAAGAUCAUCAAAGAAUACACACUGGUGAGAAACCUUACAGUUGUGCAAUAUGUGGUAAACAUUUUUC